CAAACGACUCACGGACUGGUACUGGUCUGUUGCCCGGGGGUUGGGGACCGCUGUCCUAGAGUAUUGGUCAGAUGUUGGUGGAAGUUGCACACUGUGAGCUCAUUGUAUUAUUUUACGGGCAAUAACCUGUGAAUCGUGAAGAAUCGUGUGCCGGAUCAGAGUCACUGACAUUCUGGUUAAAAGCUGCUGUAUAACUAAUAUUAUCCUUAUAUGCUGAGGUUAGUUAUUAGCCAGCUAGAAACUGAUGAGAGCGGGGUAGUCACAGUGAAGAAAUAAAACUAAAAGGAAUCCACGAGAACCAGUGAUUACCAAAUAAAACAGGAAAUAGAUUUAAGCAUAACUAUCCAGAACCAGUUAGAGGUUUAUGGGAAAACCGUCCUCAGCACCCUCACUCUGUCACCUCAGUGAACACUUUCCAGAUGACUUCAUGAGCUCAACUGCUAGUUUCAGAUCAUUCUGGGGAAAAAUGUGAAGCUUAUUUUGUAAAUUAAGGUCACGUGUAGACUGAAAAAGGAAAGGAGGUGUACGUGUCUUCGAACUGUGGGAAAAACCAGAGCAUCUGGAAAUUAAUAAGUAAAAAACUACAUUUGAUUGACAUCUUUUAUUCUAACUUUUGACUUUUCCUCCACCUUUUCUUCUUCCUGCUUCUCUUCUUCGCCCACUGCCCAUCAGGGUUAAAAUGGUAGAUGUUGUGUCACCAAGUACAAUGCCGUCAGAAAAUGAGGUGCAUGUGGCGAGGAGCUUUCUCACCAAGAUUUUGCGAAGUUCUAUGAGGAAGAACCGCUUCAAGGGGAAGAAUGACCCAGGCUCACGUCCUCAUUCCUGGUACGCCUCGAAGCUGACAGAGGAGGAGCCUCCUGAGAGAGAGGCUACCCAAGCCCCAGUCUGGCAGCCAAAGCAUGAAGCAAGGCCCAAAGAGUCGUCCACUCAAGGAGAUCAGAACAUUCAGCUUCAGCAAACCAGUCAGAUCAGCUCAGUGAAAAACAUGGAGAAACUUGAGCGUCCCUCACAUCCCUACCCAGCAGGUCGUCUUUCCCCAAAUAAAUACACCAGCAGUGCUGAGCCAAUCUGUGGACCGGGACCAGGCAAGAGGGACUCUGGGUUCAGCUGUUUCUCAAGUGGCUCCAGCCCCCCUGUUCAUGACCUUAAUGCAUCUGGUAGAAAGGGAACAAGCACUGAAAGCUUUUUCUUCAAGGGUGUUCACAAUGAAGGACCUCAGCCGAAUGAGCGGCCCAGAUAUCUGCAGCCAGCACUGGGGAACGGAGGCUGGAAGGAGCAGCCAGCAUCUCGUGUUUCCAUUGCAGGGAGACCCAACGUAGGCCCAGUGUGGCAGGUACCAGACAGGAAAAAGUCUCAGUCUCCUCCUCCGCCACCUCCUCCCCUGCGUAGUGACAGUUUUGCAGCUACAAAGGUGUUUCCAUACUCUGAAGGUCCAGCAAAAAGCCAAGGCACAUCAUUUGAAAAGCUGCCAGAAAGUAACCACCACAAUGGCAUCAGAUCCCAUCAGGAGAAAUCCUCAGAAACCAGACGUAGCUUCAACCCAAUGCCUGCCAAAGACUUCCUCCAUCCAAACAUGCCGGCUGAUUACAACCACAACCAGCUCAACCCCAACAAACACUUCUCUUUGUCCAGCAGUGAUGUCAGACAGUUUCAUUACACCCAACCACCUGCCCACCAGAGGCAGUUCAGUGAUGAAAGUCCCUUCUACUUCCUGCAGACUAGAAAGGCUCCUCCCACCAAGACUCAAAGUGUAGGAAGCUACUACCGCAGCCUCCAGGAUCUGCCCACAAAUGCUUUCAGCCGCAGGCAGAUGCCGCACUCUGCAGCAUCCAUGGUAAGCACUGCUGCAAACCCAAACCUGGAGAGUGGAGGGCAUAAGAGAUACUACGGUCUUGCAAGUAAGACUGCGGAGUACAAGGCUAGGCAGGGCAAAACUGAAAGCCGGAUGACAGAAACAGGGUACCCAAGUUCUCUGAAGACUAACACUAAGGCAAAGUACUCACUGCCUCAGUCCCAAAUGCCUUAUAUUGAAAAUAAGGAAUGCCAUACCCAUUCCCACUUUGGGAAUGGACUUCACUACAACCACCAGACCUCUGAAAUUUCUGUUCAAAGACGUAGUCCAGAGGAUACUGCAAAGAGAGGCGAAGGUCACACUAAUGACAUGAAAAUACAGUUUCCAGUACAUCAAGUCAAAGAUCACAAGGCUAGUCUUCCAAGACAUCAAGACCCAUGGGUCCCUCAAGAAGACCAACGAAUAACCGCCCUGAAAACUCCACUCCUCCACUCCCUGACUCUGGAAAACAAGACCCUGGCAGCAACAACUACAACUGUCUUGUCCACCCAGGACACCAGUGACACCAUGGCUGCUAGCAGUGGAAAAGCAAAUCGCCGCAGUGACCGUUAUGCCACCACUCUUCGGAAAGAGAUCCAGCAGAAGCGAGCCCAGCUGCAAAAGAGCCGCAGUGCUGCAACUCUGACUUGUGAUGCAGAGGAUGAGGAUGCAGAGGAAUGGAGAUCUACGGAAGCUUCUGCAUCUUCUGCUGCUUCCUAUUCAAAUACUUACAAGGACCACCUGAAAGAGGCGCAGGCCAGGGUCCUCCAGGCCACUUCAUUCCAGAGACGAGACCUAGAACCCCAGGGACCAGAGGCCUCUGUGCUUAAAACCUCAAAUGGGCGCGCUAGAGGACGUAAGCGAUGUCAACUGGCAAAGAGGACGCACUCGUUUUCAGAGCCUGACAAAAUGGACAAAGUGGGAGUGGAAAGAGAAUCCCAAACAGGCUCAUUUGGGGAGCGGAGGAAGUUCUUUGAGGCGAAACCAGCCUUUUCCAGGCCUGUACUGAAGUCAAGUCAGAGUGCAAACUUGAACACAGACCUGGAUGAGUUGGGCAAACCCAAAGAGAGAGCACCUUCUAUAGGGUCUGUUGAGCCUCAUCCAUCCACAGACUCCAACCACCUCAACCCUGGACAUAACGAAGUCUUACUAGAGCAGCAGAGGCUCGGAACAUUUGCUGAGUAUCAGGCCACAUGGAACAAGCAGAAGAAGUCAUCGGAAGGCAAGACACAAGGGCGGUAUCACUCAGCGGAGAAUAUCUUAGAUGCAGGUGCAGAAGAGAAGGCCAUCUGCAUCCAUGAGAGAUCCAGAUCUUCGCCUUCUGCAGACUUCUAUACACAGAAAAUUCCUUCUUCUUGGAGAGACACUCAGGCCCAAAAGGGCAGUUUAGCUACCAGAGUGAAGUCGGAGAGUCGGAGUUACGAGCCUGACCACAGCCCACAGCUGGUCGAGGGCCCCUCCCCAGGGCUCCCUGACCACAGGACAAAUCCCGCUGCCAUUCCCGCCCACACCACGCUGUCCUCCGGCCCUCGGAGCCUCAGCCCCAGCCCUGGUUCCAAGCACCCAGCCCAGCCGCCACAAACCCAGAGCCUCCUGCCGCCACCCAGGCCCCAUUUAGGCCUAGAAACCACAUCCUCCUCCCAGGAAUUCCUCGCUGGCGCCCAGGCAGACCCGGCUGGAGUCCAGCCUCUGUCCAGCUCUGCCUCUGACACCCAGCACCAUGCUGCCACCUCCACCUCCACUGCCGCUGCUGAUCAGGUCUCCUCUGCUGGCCCCGCCUCGGCCAGCUCCCCUCGCCUCAGAGAGAUGUCCUGUGCAGAUGCGAGCAAAGCAGCUGAAGGACAUGAGGUGAAGGAACAGUCACCUUCUCCUUCCUCAUCCCCACUCUCCUCCUCCUCCACCUCCUGCACGGCCCCUCUGCCUCUUCCCGGGCCCGAUGGAGCACGGUCCCCCUCGCCACAGUUUGCGCCACCGAGGCUGACCGACAGACCGCCCGCCGCGUCUGUGCAGAAUGACUCACUGCUCAGGUCAGAAAGUGAAUCAAAGCGCCCCGCAGUGAUGGACGUUAGCGGUCAGGUGAGGAAAGUCCCCGUGAGGAUCGUCCACGCUGAGAGCAGCACAGGACGCGAGGGUCGAGCCUACCUGCCUCAGAACAGCGGGUCCUGCAGCCUGCCCGAGCUGCCACCAUGCAUCCCUUCCCUGGGCGCCGCGGAGCGUUUGUCCUCAUCUCGGUUCAGCACCUACAACCGCCAGGCGGCACAGGAGUCAGCCCCUGAGCCCAGUUCACCUGGGCCCCAACAUUCAGAGGAGGAUGCCAAGAGAGAGGAGCUGGUGAGGGACAUUAUGGGUAAAGACAAGUCUCUGGUGGAGAUACUGGACCAGAGUGGCAGGAAGACCACCAUGGACCUGAUGGAGGGGCUCUUCCCACCAGAGGAGGAGAUCCUGGAGGGGGCCCAGCAGCGCAGGAAGGCCCCAGCUGGAUCCAGACUGCUCACAUCGUCCCCCAGGAGCACAGACAGAAGGGAGGAGGAGGAAGUGUCUGUAUCAGCAGCCGCCUCACUAGUCCCCAGCUCCUCCUACUAUAACACGUCAGCUCCUAAAGCUGAGCUCCUCAUCAAGAUGAAGGACAUGCAGGAGCAGCUGGAGGAGCAAGACUCAGAGGAUGAGCUGGAUGUUGAUCUGGUCAAUAAAAAGCAAGAGCUGAUCUCCAGCCUUGCGAAGAAGCUGGAGGUGCUGCGGGAGGCAAGGCAGAGCCUGCAGGAGGAUGUGGAGGACAACGAGGCUCUGGGCCGUGAGGUGGAGGCCAUCGUGCAGCGCGUCUGUCAGCCCAACCAGCUCGACAAGUUCCGCAUGUUCGUGGGAGACCUGGACAAGGUGGUGAGCCUGCUGCUGUCACUGUCGGGCCGGCUUGCCCGGGUGGAGAACGCCCUCAACAGCCUGGAGGAUGAAGCACCGCCAGAGGAGAAGCGAACCCUGACUGAGAAACGGAAGCUGCUGAUGCGGCAGCACGAAGACGCCAAGGAGCUGAAGGAGAACCUGGACCGUCGGGAACGGCUGGUGUCCAGCAUCAUGGAGACCCACCUGGACAUGGAGAGCCUGGACGACUACAGGCACUUUGUGAAGAUGAAGUCUGCGCUCAUCAUCGAGCAACGCAAGCUGGAAGAUAAGAUCAAGCUGGGCGAGGAGCAGCUGAAGUGCCUGAUGGACAGUCUGCCACUAGAGCAGAGACCACUGCUCUGAAUCAGUCAAGAGGAUGAACCAUGUGGCAUUUUUAUAUGAACAUCUUUGAAUUGUGUGUGAGUUUGUGACCUCAGCCUGGAUUUGAUGCUGGUGGAGUUGCUGUUUGUUAAAACCAAACUGAGGAGCCUCAGAAACCAAAUCAGACACCAGGAUUAGUCAGUUACACCUUAAACAGCUUAGAGUGGACCACCACUGCUCAUUUCCAGCUCUUAUUGUGGUUCUUGGACUCUCCUAGAGUAGCUUCACAUGACUCACAGGUUAAAAUUGUUCUUUUUUUUUCUUUUUUCUGGGCCCUGGUGCAGCGCGACAACAGCUGUUUUACCUUCUAUAUGUCUGAUUGGUUGCCCCUCGUAAACAGUGUGUGGGUGGGACUUCUCCAC